AUGGUUAUCUGCGGUUAUGAUGCAAAGAGGGGUUUUCAUGCUUAUGUUUUGGUCGUCUCUCCGGCGAUUGUAGCGGUGGUGACGUUUUGGACCUGUUAUUUGUUGGGAAUCGAGCUUAAUGCGAGUAACGUGUUCACGUUUCUGGCAACGAUUCGGAUCAUUCAGGAGCCGAUUCAGGCUAUUUCUGAUGUUGCAGCUGUGUUUAUUGAAGGAAGGGUUGCGUUGACUCGUGUUGUUGAGUUUUUACAGGCGCCGGAGUUGCAGAAAGACGGGAAGAAUCAUGGAAACAUGGAAGAUCGAGCUGUAGUAAUCAAUUGUGAAUCGAUUUCAUGGAAUGAUGAUUCUUCGAAACCGACACUUACCGAUGUAAAACUUGAAGUUUUGACCGGAAAAAAGUGGCUAUCUGCGGUGAAGUCGGCUCUGGUAAAUCGACUCUUAUCUCCGCCGUUCUUGGAGAGGUUCGAAUAUAAAAGGCACAGUACGACUCUUCUAACCUUUUGA